AUGGUAUCUACUUUAAGCUUCCAGUCUUUGACGGCUACUAACAGUCCCUUGGUUCCUCAGGUGCUGUGUAUGAUGGGGGUGUUGGUGAUGAUGAUGAUGAUGAUGAUGGGGGCAGAGGCGGCCCCCCGUGUCCAUCCAGAGAAGACAGAGAUCCACACACGGAACACCCUGCAGACACACAAGAAGCCUACAGAGUCAGAGUCUACAGGUCCCGACACAGUAAUUCUUCCCCUGCGCCUAGACCCAAGUGACUUGGUUCCUUCCCAUUCCAUCAGACCCAUUUGGAACCAUUCGAUCUCCCCAUGGACUUACAACACUACCUAUGACAAUAGACGCUUUCCCCCCAUCAUCUCGGAGGUCAGGUGCUCUCUGGAGGGAUGUCUGAACGUUGCGGGUAAGGAGGACAGGAACCUGGAGUCCAAACCCAUCUUCUACCAGAUCCUGGUCCUGUGGAAGGUGAUGGGAAGUGGGAAGAAAUGCCACUACCGGCUAGAGUCAAAGGUUAUCUCAGUGGGCUGCACCUGUGUCAGGCCUACCAUCGAACACCAACAGUAAUGAUAUUGGAGUGAUGAGGUCCAGCCUGGUGUCACAACUGGUUGGGCCUUGGUGCUAGCAAUAUCAAGGUUUAAGGCUUAAUCCCUACAUGCGUAGAAUGUAAUGAAAGUAUUUGUGUGUUAGUUUUAUGGAGCUUUGGCUGUGUCAU